CAUCCCCGCAAUGUGCAAUAAAUUUUGACACUCAGUACUCGCAUGGCCAAAAAUAACACUACAUUGACCUGCGGCACCCGUUUCCUCUAUGCAUUGGCAGCGGCAGGGUAGUACACGAUCAAGCCCCAAUGCAGGAGCUUUGAGACCAUUUGAGGGUUACACAGCUAGCUACUGAGAUAUGGAAACUGCAAAUUUAAAAAAGACAUUAAAGAUAUUAGCGAAGAGCUCCCAAAGACCACGCCCCGUGAAGACAGACAUAACACCUCCUGGGGCUAAGGAAGGGGAGAAGAUAGCUUUCUAUCUGGACGAAGUCUUCACAAAGGAGGAAUGUAAGGAACUUAUUCGAUGUUCCGAAGAAAAGGGAUAUGUCCAAGCUUUGGUCAACAUCGGCUUCGGGAGGCAGAAGCUGAUGACAGAUUAUCGCAACAACCAGCGCUGUUUGAUCGACACCACCGAGCUAGCAAGCAUCUUCUGGGAAAGACUAGCCGAGUUCAUCCCACAGACAAUUCGCGGAUAUCAAGCCCUCGGACUCAAUGAACGGUUGCGAUUUCUGCGAUAUGACCCUGGGGAGUACUUCAAACCUCACUUUGAUGGAUGUUACGAACGCGAAAAUGGAGAAAUCUCUUUAGUCACUGUCCAGAUUUACCUCAACGAGGGUUUCUCAGGUGGAAGUACCACGUUUCUUCCGUUCUCUGGGUUGGAUUCAGGUUCGCCAGUGGAAUGUGUCCCGAAAAUAGGACGGGUUCUGAUCUUUGAACACCGUUUGCACCACGAAGGCUCUGUUUUGAAAGCAGGUCGGAAGUAUGCCAUCCGAAGCGAUGUCAUGUACUCCAAGGAUAAGCAACAAUAAAUACAAUAUUGUCGAGAAAAGUGUUCGUGACCGGAAAAGUCGAAGAGCACUUCUGCUAUGGACAGCAAGAUGUGUAAGUGUGUAACUCUGGGAUAAACUAGCUGUUGGGCAAACUAAGUCCUUGUUCAGCUGUUAGAAGAAGAUUGUGAUAGAAAAUUAUAUUUUAACAUAUGUGAAUAAUUUUCAAGAUGUACUUUGCGUUCGGGAGAUGUAAAUUUUAAAUUUUGCC